GAAAAUCCAAUUUUCCGUCACAAAAAGUCCAGACCCAAAGAGGAAAACAAAAAAAAAGAAAAGGAAAGCUAAUAGAAUAAUAAAAUUUACAGCGGAGAGACCGCGAGGGAGCGAGACUGAGAGAGGGAGGGAAGGAGGGGAGAAUCCGCUGGCUUUUGGGUCCGAGGAAGAAAGGGAUUAGGGAGAAAGAGUAGAAAGUGAGUGAGAGUGAGAUGUCAGACCUAGAUAGGCAAAUAGAGCAGCUGAAGAAGUGCGAGCCUUUGAAGGAGUCGGAAGUGAAGGCUCUGUGCCUCAAGGCCAUGGAAAUCCUCGUCGAGGAAAGCAACGUUCAGAGGGUCGAUGCUCCGGUCACUAUAUGUGGUGACAUCCAUGGGCAGUUCUAUGACUUGAAAGAGCUUUUCAAAGUCGGAGGUGAUUGUCCAAAGACGAACUAUUUGUUCCUUGGAGAUUUUGUUGACAGAGGAUUUUACUCUGUUGAGACAUUUUUGCUUCUACUUGCCCUAAAGGUGAGAUAUCCGGAUAGGAUAACUCUCAUUAGGGGGAACCAUGAGAGUCGUCAGAUCACCCAGGUAUAUGGGUUCUACGAUGAGUGUUUGCGUAAGUAUGGCUCUGCAAAUGUUUGGAGAUACUGCACCGAUAUAUUUGAUUACUUAAGCCUUUCAGCACUCAUUGAGAACAGGAUUUUUGGCGUCCAUGGUGGUCUCUCCCCUGCCAUUUCCACGUUAGAUCAGAUCCGAACAAUUGAUCGGAAGCAAGAAGUACCCCAUGAUGGUGCCAUGUGUGACCUCCUAUGGUCAGAUCCUGAGGACAUUGUGGAUGGUUGGGGUUUGAGUCCCCGUGGUGCUGGUUUCCUAUUUGGAGGCAGCGUUGUUACUUCUUUUAACCAUUCAAAUAACAUUGACUAUAUAUGUCGUGCUCACCAGUUGGUAAUGGAAGGAUAUAAAUGGAUGUUCAAUAAUCAGAUUGUUACAGUCUGGUCUGCACCAAAUUACUGUUAUAGAUGUGGUAAUGUUGCUGCGAUUCUUGAGCUGGAUGAAAAUCUAAAUAAGCAAUUUCGUGUUUUUGAAGCAGCUCCACAAGAAUCAAGAGGAGCUCCUGCUAAAAAACCGGCACCGGAUUACUUUCUUUGAGUUAAUGAAGCAAGCAUUGUGUUCUACAAUAGAAAUUUGCUCAAACCCUUCGGUAAAAUCAUGCCAAGGCACAUUCUGAAGAUAAUCUAAUUUGAUGCAAGCAAUGUGCAGGCUCCUCAAUGAUCAGUUCCUCAAAUGGCCAGCAAGGAUGGUGCUUUUGGGUUCUUGGUCGGUUUGGAUUAUCGGGUUUGCUUUUUUUUUUUUCUUCUUUCCUUUUUCUUACCAUGUCCUGUUUUCCUCAUUGAUUAUAUUUUAGUGUUUGUAAUGAUAUUGUGUAUUACAAAGUAAAUUAUGUGACAGUGAGUAUAGGAACCCCUAAGGUAUUUUUUUCCCCCAAAUAGCAGAGAGACGAGGCUGCAUACAAGUGGGGAAUCCUUGCUUCCUUGUGUGGGGGAACAAGUAGAUAGGCUUGGGUUUGGAAAACAAAGGGCAUCAUCUGUGGUAAACUCUUAAUUUGGGCCUUCCUUUUUCCUGUCCCCAUUUGGCUAUGAAAAUACGUUGUGAUUAUUUUAUA